UAGGCCACCGCCGGGCGCCGGGAGCUGCUGCGCGUGCGCACACCCAUUUCUUUCUUUUUCUCUCUGCCCAAGGGGGGGAGGGAGACGUACAGCAGUUCCUCCUGCCGGCAGGGGGCGCCCGUGGCUUGCACAUCGCCCCUCAGGCGCCUUUCCUCCCUCGUAGGUGCGGCGGUUGUUGCUGCUUGGCGCAUGCGCUGCGCGCGCUGCCUGUGGCGGGAGAGAACCGCCAGGCGCCAUUUUGUUCUCGACGCUUCGCGCAGGGAAAGGAGAAGCCGGUUCGCCGCCGCCGCCAUGGCCGGAAACCCUACCGGGCAGCGGGGGCUCUCUCGCGGGCGGCGCUCAAGGUCGAAGAAGCUGCUUUCUCCUGUGGAGAGCGGCGAGGAGGAGGACGAGGCGACUCUGGUUCUCAUUCCUCAACAGUGGAAGAUUACCUGGCCGAAGGCUGAGAAGAGCAAGGACUGCUGGUGGUGGCAGGGCUUGUUGAUUUCUGCCUUGAAAAGAAGGAGGAUGGCGCUGUUGUUCAUGCUGUGGCUGUGGGCGCUGCAGGAUUGGGCCAGGGCACUCAAUCCCAGCGACCCCAACGUCUGCAGCUACUGGGAAAGUGUUGCCCAGGCCUUGGAGGAGCCCUGCGACCAGGCCGCCUGGCCCUCCGCCCCAACCUGCCCACGGCACAAAGUCCUGUACAAGGUGGCCUAUCGGCAAGGCGUGAAGCUGGACUACCGGAGGCGCUACCGCUGCUGCCAGGGCUACUACGAGAGCGGCAGCCUCUGUGUCCCUCGUUGCACCCACGAGUGUGUCCACGGAAGGUGCGUGGCUCCCGACCGCUGCCAGUGUGAGCAGGGCUGGAGAGGCAGCGACUGCUCCCACGAGUGCAGCAGCCUCUUUUGGGGGCCUGCCUGCCAGAAGCCCUGCCUGUGCGCCAGGGGAGCCGGCUGUGACCCCCUGACAGGGUCCUGCAGUUGCCCGCCUGGCUUCCGGGGCACCACCUGCAAGGAGCCCUGUCCGCCUGGCACCUACGGGCCGGGCUGCCUCCUGGCCUGCCGCUGUGAGCACGGGGCCCUCUGUGACGUGGCCACGGGGGCUUGCAACUGCUCCCAGGGAUACACCGGACCCCACUGCGAGCUCGCCUGCCUCAGCGGCCCCCCUCAUGAAGGACUCCAGUGCUCCUCAGCCCCCUGCCCCUGCCAGAAUGGGGGGCUCUGCCACCCCCCAGGGUCCACCACGUGCAUCUGCCCGCCUGGAUGGAUGGGCGCCCUCUGCUCCCUCCCCUGCCCGGCUGGGCGCUUCGGCUCCGGCUGCCAAGGAGAGUGCCAGUGCCGCAACGGAGGCCAGUGCCGUCGGGACUCUGGGCAGUGCCAGUGUGCCCCUGGAUACACGGGGGAGCACUGCCGCGAGGAGUGUCCUGCAGGCAGAUAUGGGCAGGACUGUGCCCAGCGCUGCGAUUGCGCCAAUGGGGGGCGCUGCUUCCCCCUGAACGGGGCCUGCCUGUGUGAAGCCGGCUUCUUGGGCGACAGCUGCGAGGAGCGCGAGUGCCCGGCGGCCUUCUACGGCCUGGGCUGCCGAUCCGCCUGCCUCUGCCACCCUCAGCACACCCGAAGCUGCCACCCGCUCUCGGGGGAAUGCACCUGCCAGCCAGGCUGGGCUGGCCUCUCCUGCAACGAGACCUGCCCCCCGGGGUAUCACGGCCUCGGGUGCCGGGACCCCUGCCUGUGUCUGAACGGGGGGCGGUGCGACGGCGUGACGGGGCUCUGCCGUUGCCCCGCUGGCUACACAGACAAGCACUGCGCCAGCCCCUGCCCUCCCGAUUCCUACGGCCCGAACUGCUCGCUGCGCUGCGCCUGCCGCCAGGCCUUGGGCUGCUCCCCCGUGGAUGGGCGGUGUCUCUGCAAGGAAGGCUGGCAAGGGGCCGACUGCUCCCUCCCGUGCCCGGCCGGCACCUGGGGCUUUGGCUGCAACGAGAGCUGUGCCUGCCCGUGCCCUAAGGACCGGUGGGGCCUGCAUUGCAGUCAGCUGUGCUCCUGCAGGAACGGGGCCUCCUGUUCCCCGACGGACGGGAGCUGCGAGUGCACCCCCGGCUUCCGGGGCCCCUCCUGCCACCGGACCUGCCCAUCAGGCCGUUAUGGCAAGAGGUGUUCUCUGCUGUGCCAGUGUGCCAACCACUCCAUCUGCCACCCCGUGGACGGAGCCUGCGAUUGUCCCCCCGGCUGGAUGGGCACCGACUGCUCCAGGCGCUGCCCUCCGGGGCGCUUCGGGGCAAACUGUACCCAGCGGUGCCAGUGCCAGCAGGAGGCCCUCUGCGACCCUGAGGCGGGGAGAUGUGCGUGCCCCUCUGGUUACACUGGGGCCCACUGCGAGACCAGCAGUCCAGGCCAUCCCAUCACCGUGGCUCCGGCCCCCCCGCCAGGCCCCCCCUCCAUGGGGGCUGUGGUCGGACUCGUCGUCCUGGCGGCUUUGCUCGUGGGCGUCCUUGUGCUUUUCCUCUCCUACCGGCACUGGCAGAAAGACAAGCAGAGCCGGCACCUCUCUGUGGCCUACACUGCAGGGGGAGCGGACGGUUCGGAGUACGCUGUUCCAGACGUUCCUCCCAGUUACACCCACCACUACUACUCCAAUCCCAGCUACCACACCCUCUCGCCCUGCUCUCUGGGCGUGCCAGGCCCCGGUUCUCUGGAAAGUCCAAGCUCUGGCAAGCUGAUCGCCAGCCAGUUCUUCCCUGGCCCCAGAGGUGGGAGCGGCCUGCGGGAGCGGCCCACCAUGUCCGGGCCAGACUGCAACGCCACCCUUCCUGCGGACUGGAAGCACUGCCCCGGACGAGGACCCUUGCUGGGCCAGGCAGGGCCAGAAGGAGCCCAGAGGGACCGCAGCUACAGCUACACCAACGGGCUGAGCAGAACCUGUGGCCAAGGCUGCUACCCACCAGAGGAGCCCCUAGGCUGGAGCAGGAGCUCCCUGAGCAGCGAGAACCCCUACUCCACCAUCAAGGACCUUCCCGUGCUCCCGAGCAAGCCCCCUGAAGGCAGCUACGUGGAAAUGAAGUCCCCCACCCAGCGGGAGCGCUCGUAUGCCGAGAUCAGCCUCGUUGAAGAGCCCGAGCAGAAUCUGGGGGGAGAGCCGGAAGGAGGGAACGGCGCAGCUGGGGCAGAAGGCCACUCGCCCACAGCCCUGGGUCCUGCCCCCAACCACUACGACUCCCCCAAAAACAGCCACAUUCCCAGCCACUACGACAUCCCUCCAGUCCGGCACUACCCACCCUCCCCGCCGCUCAGCCGACAGGGCCGAUGAAGAGGGCUUCCGUCAGCUGCUCUCGCUGCUUCGGCUUCCAUUGCAGCUUCUUCGGGAAGGAACGAGGGUCGGCAAGAGAAGAGCGCAGACGUUCUCACCUGCUGACGCCUAGCGAAGGCAAAGCUCCCUCUCUCCUAGCAGGGGCUCCCCUCGAGAAUCCUCCCCUCUGCCUAAAGAGCCCUCUUCUCAGCCUCUGUCCAGUACAUGCAUCGCUGGCGUCCCGAGCCACCUGUGGGGGAGAGAAUUGCUCUGCCCGUAGUACUGGUCACCUUUGGAGGGAUAUUGGGCCCGUGUCCGAACUGGCCUCUCCCAGCAGCCUCUGACAGCUCCUCCGCCUCCCCCCACCCCUCACCUGAGCGACCGACUGUUCCUUUUUGCAUCUGAUUUUCCCAACCUUCGGGAAACCCCUUUGGGAUUCCUCCGCCACCGCCAGUCCUAAAGAGAGAGAGCCAGAGGCGUUCCUUCUGGCUUCCUUCCAGAAAUGCUCACAGACCUUGUAGUACAAGAUCUGCACUGCUAAAAAUGUCUGCUUUGUCAGAUGAGUCUGGCAUUUACACAGUUGUGCUAGAAUCAGGGUUGUGUGUUCUGUGAUGUCACAAACUUUAAAAAGAACACAACCUCCAGGUAGGCAUUUCACAACUACUGUUUUCUGGGACUGGCCCCUCUAUGUAGAAGCAUACACAAGACAAUGUUUCGUGAUGUUUUAUUUCUCCCAACCCAAAGUACACCCGAGCCCUGUUUUUUAUAGAUUUUACACAACCGCUGCGUUAUUUUGUCUUUGCGUGAAGUAUCCAGUACUUUCAGCCCUUGGGGGUUUUGUACCACUGACACGAAGACGUGCGUGCAGAGAGAGACGGUUGCCCAGAUGGGAAAGAGCAAACUGCUUCCUUCACCAGAAAAGAAAAAAAGGCAAAAAAGAGCAUUGCUCUCGCAGCCUCUUUUCACAACUGCCACCUCAGGGCUCCCCUGGAUUCCAGAGGAGCCGAUCUGAACGAUUCAAAGUGCAAAAGCAACACGUUAAUUUGGAGAGACUCUGACUGUGGCCGGGAAACCUCUGGAACACGUGCAAGGCUGGCCUUGCCUGUUCCGCUUGCUGUGACGGAACAGCAAGAACACGUAGACAACCCAGGACGCCCAGGGACAAGCAGUUUCAAUCCAAAUGCAUUCGGGCUGAUUUUUGGGUGUCGAAACAGGCCCGGGAGGGUUUUCAUCUUUUCAGAAUGGAGGUGUACAGGCUUCUUGUAACACCCCAGGCCAUGUUGUAUGUGACAGAAAAAAAUGCUAAAUAAAGCUUCAAAGGAUGGAGACAAUG